GAAGGCUCUUCUCCCCAUCGUAGCAGCUCCGCGCGAGGCCCCCGAGAGAGCCCGGCGCAACUACUUUCUUCCCUCUCCUUUCUCCUCUUUUUGUCCCCUGCUGGGGGCUGGCGGCGGCGGCGGGGUGGGAGAGACUUUGAAUGACCGAGCUCGCGUCCACCUUUCUCUUCAUGUCGACGUCCCUGGAAACGGUCACACGGAUGCCAUGGUCACUUCUGCCACGAUCUUACAGGUGAACAAGGUGAUGUCCAUCUUGUUUUAUGUGAUAUUUCUCGCUUAUCUCCGUGGCAUCCAAGGUAACAGCAUGGAUCAAAGGAGUUUGCCGGAAGACUCGCUCAAUUCCCUGAUUAUUAAGCUGAUCCAGGCAGACAUUUUAAAAAACAAGCUCUCCAAGCACAUGGUGGACGUUAAGGAAAACUACCAGAGCACCCUGCCCAAAGCAGAGGCCCCCCGGGAGCCCGCCAAGCCGGAAUUCCAGCCCAUGACCGCCAUGGGCCCCGAACUGCUGCGGCAUCAGAGACGCUACAACUCCCCCCGGGUCCUGCUGAGUGACAGCACCCCCAUGGAGCCCCCUCCCCUGUACCUCAUGGAGGAUUACGUGGGCAACCCCGCGGCCACCAACAGAACGGCGCGGAGGAAGAGGUACGCGGAGCACAAGAGUCACCGAGGGGAGUACUCCGUGUGUGACAGCGAGAGCUUGUGGGUGACCGACAAGUCAUCGGCCAUUGACAUUCGGGGACACCAGGUCACGGUGCUGGGGGAGAUCAAAACCGGCAACUCUCCCGUCAAACAAUAUUUUUAUGAGACGAGGUGUAAAGAGGCCAGGCCUGUCAAGAACGGUUGCAGAGGCAUUGACGAUAAACAUUGGAACUCUCAAUGCAAAACCUCCCAAACCUACGUCCGGGCACUGACGUCAGAAAACAACAAACUGGUCGGCUGGCGGUGGAUACGGAUAGACACAUCCUGUGUGUGUGCCUUGUCGAGAAAAAUCGGAAGAACAUAAAUUGGCAUCUCUCCCCGUAUAUAAAUUAUUACUUUAAAUUAUACAAUAUGCAUGUAGCAUAUAAAUGUUUAUAUUGUUUUUAUAUAUUAUAAGUUGACCUUUAUUUAUUAAACUUCAGCAACCCUACAGUAUAUAAGCUUUUUUUCUCAAUAAAAUCCGUGUGCUUGCCUUCCCUCAGGCCUCUCCCAUCUGUUAAACCUGAUCCUUGUAACCCGGCUCUCGGGAUCCACCGCCCUGUAAAAUCUGUGUACACCAGUAUUUUGCAUUCAGUAUUGUCAAGGCCAUGACUGUCGUUUUAGUAAACUUGUUAAAAUCGGCUGAUGUCAGAGUUGUGUGUAGACACAGUUAUAUCCCCCCUUCCGGGGAUGCCUCAUCGUUGAUUCAUUAAUUAAAAGAACUGUUACCACCUCCGUUGCAGCGAUGUUUGGCAGUUCGGAGCUGCACCCUUAAUUCUGGCCAACAAGCUGGCUGCCCACAACCUACUCGCCUUUCUCUGCUGUCAGUUUUGCCAAUUAGAGUUAUGAUUUGCUCCAAUGUUACAGUCCCGAAACAAUAACAAUGAAGCUGGCAAUUUUCGUUUUGGAAGUUUCUUUUCAGCACAUUUGUUGUUUGGGGGUUUGAGAUUGUUAAGGGUUGAAUUUUUUUUUUUUUUUUGGCUUCGGUUUUUGUUUGCUUUUUGGAAGUGGUUUUCUGAGGCACAUAGGAAACGUUUUUUAACUAUUUGUAACAGAAAUAAUUGUGUGGUUACCCAGAAGCAGAAACGGAUCCUGAGUCAUCUGCACACAGAAGAGAAAUGUGCUCCUAAGAGAUUCUCUUGGAGCCCCGCCUCCUUUUCCUCUGCUGGUCCCUCUUGGUGCUGCAGGGGGAACUGAAAAAGGCUGGUGCUUUGGAGUCAGACCUAGGUUCAAAUUCCAGCUACCCGCUGUGACUGUGGGCAGGGUUUUGAAGGCUCCCUGAGCCCAGGUUUCCUGGAGUCAGAGAUUCAGAUGUGGGUAGGGGUCUUGCCUACCCCACAGGUUGCCAUGAUUCAGCUAUAUUACUGCAGUAGGCGUCCCAACAGAGGGUAGAUAUUCAAGAAUGGAAGUUCCUUAUCCCUUCCCUCCCUCUCCUUACUUAGGUAUUGUGUUCCUCUGUAUCAUUUUUGGUUUUUGGUGUUAUUUUUUUUUUUGUUCUCCCGCCACCCAGCUUUAUUAAGAUAUAAUUGACAUAUAACAUUGCAUAAGUUCAAGGUGUACAGCGUGAUGAUUUGACACACGUAUAUAUUGCGAAAUGUUUACCGCAAUAAGGUUAGUUAGCACAUCCCUCACCUCACACAAGUGCCAUUGUUGUUAUUGUGAGAACGUUUAGAAGCUGCCCUCAUGGCAACUUUCAA